CAUCUUCCGAAAACGUCUGACAUCAAUAGCUACUUGAGUCAAGAGCGCGCUCUUGGAUAAUGAGGAAGAAGGGUGACGCUACGUAAACAAACUGGUCUGUCAGAGGGGUAGGUAGCAGAUAUUGCCGAUGGCUGCAUAAAAAAACGAAAUAUCCACACUCAAUAAUCUUUCUUAAAAGCUAAGGAGUCGCAGAAUGCCGUUAGCCAGCUAACGAUAUUGUUGAAUUGCUUGUCAAUUUUGUUGGGUCCGGGCGGAAUUACUGUCACGCUAGCUAGCUAAUAACGCUUCAACUGCAAGUGCAAACUAGCUAGCUAAUGUUAACUUCUAGUGUGAGCCAAACCCUACUAGUUCAACUUACCUCUGGUCAGUACCCAGUGGUCAGGUGGGUACGUUAUAGAAUACUAAAUGAUGGUAUUUUUGUAGCUAAGUUUAAAGGUUUACUGUUAAUAUUUAGCUACCAGAAUAAGCCUAACGUUAGCUAGCUAAUAUCAUGUGAUACAUUGCGUCGCGUUCGUGAAGUUAGAGCUAGCUAGCUAGCUAGCUAGCUAGUUAAAGCUGAACUAAGCCCAUUGCAUUGCUUGCAGCUAUACAGUACACAGUAAUAGGUUAGUUAAUUGGUAGUAGCUAGCUAGCUAGCUAGCGUGUUAAUAAAUAAGGAUGGCUAGCUAGCUAACAUUGUAAUGUGGCUUCAAACAAAGUCAAGUGUAGGUACACUAUUGGAACUUGACACAGCUUGAAGGCCAUGAACAUUUUUACCAUUGUUUGUGGUCAGCCAUUAAAUUCCUCCUGUGUUGUUUUUCUUAUCAUGCAUUAUCAAUAUGAGUAAGUAGUCAUAAUCAUCAGAAAUGGGCAGAUGGGCAGAUUCUGAGGGGUUCAAACUCUCUUGUGUCAGAUUUCCACUUUGGGUAACUUAACAUUAGGGUGGUAAAGUUGUAAACACUGCCGCUGAAUGAAAUCAUAUUUUGAUACACACUGGAAUUCACUAAGAUCUUCUUCAGUGUGUGGAUUGAAAUGUUUCAUUAUGCUAGCUACCUCUAUCAAACAUAAUUUUUAAUGAAAUACCUCAACCUGAAUGUGGACCAUAGUUUUAUAGGCAUUCAACCUUGUCAAAGUCCUGAUAAAUCAAUAAUAGCCAUCAAGUUCGGUUUUAGGCUUCUUCUGACUGCGGAUCUUUCUACCAUGCCAUCAUUCACAGUCUUGUCUUUUUCCUGUAAUUCCCAGCAGUAUCCUCGCUAGCCGUGAGGGAUGAGCCACCGGCCGGAACGUCGUGGGAUCCAUGUGGACCAGUCAGAGCUGCUGUGUACGAAGGGAUGUGGUUUCUAUGGCAACACGGCCUGGCAGGGCCUCUGCUCCAAGUGCUGGCGGGAGGAGUACCAACAAACUAGACACAAACAGAUCCAGGACGACCAUGCACUGGCAGAGAGGUGUGUGUGGUUGUCUGUUUGAGCAAGCUUGUUUUGCAUCAUCCCCCAGCUGCUGACCGGGUGGGUGGAGUUAGCACUUGAUUUGAAAUCUAGGAGCCCGGAGGCGAAAACUGAAUGCCCCGCUCAAAAUUGAGGGGUGGAAUCGAAAACAAAACAAUAGCAAAACUCACUUGUAACUUUUGAUAAUUGAUUAACAAAUAUUUCAACAGCCAUUUUCACAGAGGCAAAUGGGACAGUGUCAUGUUGCUGUCUGUCAUUAGUUUAAAUGAUUCUUGCCUUUUUGAUCUCUGACAUUCUUUCCUUAUCUGUCAUGUUUUAGUUAGGGACCACUGUCUGUCUUCAGUAUAGAUCAUGUGGUAGUAACAACAAUGUCUGUUCUGUGUCCCAGGUUACAGAUGGAGGAGGAGGCAGCAUACGCUAACAACCACCAGGGGGCAGCCCAGCCCCAGCCUGCCGUCGCACCCUUCAGCAAGUUUGAAGAGAGGAAAACCAAGGAGAAGUCACGGAAAGUCAACACAGUGACUAAGUUUUUCACUCCCUCAGCAAAGACACCACCCAAGAAAGGUAGGGUCCAUGUCUAUGAGAUAGGGUUUACACAGUUUAUAGUGUUUUCUCUACCAUUACUUGAGGGAUGAGCAGAUCCAAACCACCACUGCCUCCCCUCUCUGCAUAAUGUUGGAGCACAGUUCCUCUUUCCCCCCUCUUUCAGACUCUGCUCCACUACCACUCUCUCCCCCCAGUCACUGUGAAGGAGGUCACAUGGGGUAUCCAGCUAGAGUUCCCUAGAUGUUCAACCUCUCCCUGACCCAGUCUGUAAUACCUUCAUAUUUCAAGCAGACCACCAUAGUCCCAGUGCCCAAGAACGCCAAGGUAACCUGUCUAAAUGACUAUCGCCCCGUAGCACUCGCAUCUGUAGCCAUGAAAUGCUUUGAAAGACUGGUUAUGGCUCACAUCAACACCAUCAUCCCAGACACCCUGGACACACUCCAAUUUGCAUACCGCCCCAACAGAUUCACAAUGACGCAAUCUCUAUUGCACUCCACACUGCCCUUUCUCACUUGGACAAAAGCAACACUUACGUGAGAAUGCUGUUCAUUGACUACAGCUCAGCAUUCAACACCAUAGUGCACUUCAAGCUCAUUACUAAGCUAAGGUUUUGCUUGGCGUUCAGGCCAAAGAGUUCAAUCUUGAUUUCAUCAUUAUCUGAGAGUCUUUAGGUGCCUUUUAGCAAACUCCAAACGGGCUGUCAUGUGCCUUUUACUGAGGAGUGGCUUCCAGACGGCCACUCUACCAUAAAGGCCUGAUUGGUGGAGUGCUGCAGAGAUGGUUGUCCUUCUGGAAGGUUCUCCCAUCUCUACAGAGGAACUCUGGAGCUCUGUCAGAGUGACCAUUGGGUUCUUGGUCACCUCCCUGACCAAGGCCCUUCUCCCCCAAUUGCUCCGUUUGGCCGGGUGGCCAGCUCUAGGAAGAGUCUUGGUGGUUCCAAACUUCUUCCAUUUAAGAAAGAUGGAGGCCACUGUGUUCUUGGGGACCUUCAAUGCUGCAGACAUUUUUGGUACCCUUCCCCAGAUCUGUGCCUUGACACAAUCCUGUCUCGGAGCUCUAUGGACAAUUCCUUUGACCUCAUGACUUGGUUUUUGCUCUGACAUGCACUGUCAACUGUGGGACCUUAUAUAGACAGGUGUGUGCCUUUCCAAAUCAUGUCCAAUCAAUUGAAUUUACCACAGGUGGAUUCCAAUCAAGUUGUAGAAACAUCUCAAGGAUGAUCAAUGGAAACAGGAUGCACCUGAGCUCAAUUUCGAGUCUCAUAGCAAAGGGUCUGAAUAUGUACGUAAAUAAGGUAUUUCUGUUUUUAGCACAAAAUGUAUAAAAACCUGUUUUCGCUUUGUCAUUAUGGGGUAUUGUGUGUGAAUUGAUGGGGAAAAUGUGUUAUUUAAUCAAUUUUAGAAUAAGGCUAUAACGUAACAAAAUGUGGAGAAGGGGUCUGAAUACUUUCAGAAUGCACUGUGUACAGUACAUAGCUACCUCAAUUACCUCGUACACCUUCACAUCGAUACUGGUACUCCCUGUAUAUAACCAUGUUAUUUUCUACUCCCUAUAUAUAGCCAUGUUAUUUCUACUAUUUAUUUGUAGUUGUUAUUCACUGUGUAUUUAUUCCUCGUGUCACUAUUUAUAUUGUAUUUUCUAUCUUUAACUCUCUACAAUGCUGGAAAAGGACCCAUGUGACAAACAAAAAGUAUUUUAAGACCGUAUCCCAAGGCAAACCUAAUCCCAUUCUUUCCUUUGUGAGGCAAAUAGAGGAGAGGAGAUAAAAUGACCACCCCUUUAAGACAAAACUGUUCAGAAAAUAAAGGACAAGCCAUGGUUGAUGUAUUUCAUGGGGAACUGUGUAGCAAGAAGUGACUAGCUAAGCAGAUUGCAGAAGGAUGUUGUGUGAAAUCACAACUCCGCAAGCUGUGCUGGUAAUAGAUGAAUAAAGGCCCACCCUUAUUUUCUCUGCUUCCCAUGGAACGGCUGGCUAAAAGCCUGUAUUUUAGAUCCACCACCUAAGGAAUAUUGUACAUACACACAGGUAUAUGAUUCCUCCAUUAUCUGUAUCCUCCACCCUCCCAGACUCUGUCCCUGGCGAGGCCCAGUCGACCCCCAGCCCCUCAGUAAGCCGCAAGCCCUUAGAGACGGACUGCACCACACAAGAGUUCAUCGACUUCCUCAAGACCCUGAAACCUGGUAGGGAGAUCUUCAAACAGUGCCGGGCCUUCACAGAGAGCAUGGCCUACAAGAGGGUGAGUACUACACUACAAUACCACCAGGGGCUUCUGAAUGUGGAGAGCCUGAUGAUUCCCAUGGGGGUUACCUCUAUUCAUUCACCCCUCCUGCUUUUGUUUGGACCAUUUCACUUCCUCAUCGUAGAACAGAAGGAUGACAAAAACAAACGCUGAGGUUACUCCAGAGCAUUGAGUGAAUAACCAAAUGUGAACUCGCCCUUGAACUUGAAAUUAAUAAAAAUAUACGACAAUCCCUUCAAGCUAAUAGUGAGCUUGUUCCCCAGGACCUGGGUGCUGAUGAGCUGUCUGAGUGUGUUCAGGACUUCUACCAGAACCUGUCAGACCGCCUGCACACACACUUCAAAGGUACACCUCUCCUUUCCUCACCUCUACUACUCUAAUACUGGAUCAUUAAGGAUAUCUUGAAACAGGGGCUUGAUGAUAAAGUUGAUGGUGACAAGGAACACACUCUGAUCCUUUCAGAGAGCUAUCUAUAGGUAGGCCUUGAAUGACUCACAUUUGCUGUUUUCCCCGUAUGUGUCCGUGUUGACCCCAGGGUCGUCGGAGCGCGUAGAGAGUGUGAUGGACGAGGUGGAGAGGUACAUGAUGACACGUCUCUAUGAGGAGGUCUUCUGUCCUGAGACCACAGACGAUGAGAAGAAAGACUUGGCCGUUCAGAAGAGAAUCAGGUAAAGACAUUGAAACUGAUAUGAUACUGAGUUUGAGCGUUGAAGCUGCUGUAUGCCUCCUUGUACAUCUGUUCACUAAAGUGUGUGUGUGUGUGGGUUGCAGGGCCUUGCAUUGGGUCACCAUUGAGAUGCUGUGUGUCCCUGUGGAUGAGGAGAUUCCUGAGGUGUCUGAUAAUGUGGUCAAAGCCAUCACAGGUCAGACUUACCCUGUAUUAAUUUGUUGUUUUUAGUUUUUUACAAAGAGACACAAACAUUGACUGAACAUGCAUGUGAUGUAUAAUGUCAUCAUAGCACAUUAACUACCACUCUGUUCCACCCUGACCUCCUGUAGAUGUGAUAGAGAUGGACUCGAAGCGUGUGCCCAGGGACAAGCUGACCUGCAUCACGCGCUGCAGUAAGCACAUCUUCAAUGCCAUCAAGACCACCAAGAAGGAGGCGGCAUCUGCUGAUGACUUCCUGCCCACCCUCAUCUACAUCGUCCUGAAGGCCAACCCUCCGCGACUGCAGUCCAACAUCCAGUACAUCACCCGCUUCUGUAACCCUAGCCGCCUCAUGAGCGGAGAGGACGGAUACUACUUUACCAACCUGGUGAGAGGGCUGUGUACGCAAAGCAAACAGACAAGCUGUACCAAACAAACUCAAAUACACAUACACUGUACACAUAUUAAGAAUAUCAUUUCUGAUUCCCCUAACCCCCCUCUCUCUCCUCUCGCUCUGUCCCUCUGCAGUGCUGUGCGGUGGCCUUCAUAGAGAAGCUGGAUGGCCAGUCUCUGAACCUGAGCGCUGAGGAGUUUGAGAUCUACAUGUCAGGCCAGGCGUCCCCCCAGCGGCCCCAGGCUGCCCCCUCCCCCCCAGGCAGUGCUGCUUUCAGCCAGAUGAACGAGCGUCUGGACCUGCUGACGGGGCUGGGCGUGAGGCAGGAACGCGUCAUGGAGGGAGCUCGCCGCCUGGAGAGUGACCUCAUCGACUGGAGGGAUGGGGUGGAGCACAAAGUGCAGGAUGUGUUGGAGAGGUUCCCCCUGGAAAUGCACCCCCCCGCCUCCCCCACUGCCUCUUCUGCCAUAGAUGCUGACAAUGUGGAGAAUGACCUCCUGCCUCCUCCUCUCCAGCCCCAGUUGUUCGCCGGCUGACCCCCAGCACCCCACCCCCCUACCCUGACCCUUUCGACUUGUUACUCUCUCUCUCCACCCUGGAAAGUGGCUCCUGUCCUUAUGCACAUAUAGGUUCCCUGUAAUGGAUCCAAGAAGUGUAACUCCAACCCUCCCCAUUGUAUGCACACUUAAAAUAGAUGCUUGCAGUCGCCUGUACCCCAGUACUCUUAAAUAGCCAACUUUCUUGGUCUGUCUUCACCACUGAUUGGUAAGAGGACCAGAUAGGUUGCAGGCAUAUUGCCUUCAUUGAUGGUCAUGAAGGAAAGGAGAUAAGGAAAGGAAGCUUUUUAAGACUGUUGGGACAUAGACCAUUAAUCUUGUCCCCUGUAUUAGUCCUGACUGCAUCCAAGUCUGAGUACAGAAGCCCUGGUGAGAGGCAUCUGUUGGGAUCA